CGGACCGCCAUUACAUCAUAGAAUAAGAUGAUCACGGAAGCAGCGCACUUUUGAACAAAAUCAACUUUGUUUCUGCAGUAUUUCACAUGCAUUUUGCAAUAUUUAAUGGCUGUUUUAAAUAGCCCAAGUUUAAUCCGUUUAUUUCGUGCACGAGUUAUUGUUCUUAUAUUGACUUGCGGCUUUUUAUUGUGUGUCGUCUGGAAUUUGGAGUCUAAAACGCCAGAGAAAUCCACAGAACUGAUGACUGACCAGACUUUGGAGUAUUUUCUCAGCCAGGGGAAGAUCCAGGUAAAGGAUGCAGCAGAUAUUGAAUGGGCCCAUGCUGCCAACAGCAAGAAAAAAAUCACAGAGGCACUACAGAGCUCCGCCCACAUGAUAGAGGCAGACAUACUUCUGAGGAGUCACGACCCUAAAGAGCCAAUCAUGGCUCAUCCUCCUGAGACCGACAGUGAUGUCACGCUGCGUGAUUGGCUGAAGGAGGUCAAGGCAUCACACAAAGGGAUAAAGCUAGACUUCAAAAGCCUGGCAGCGGUCGCUCCAUCCAUGGUGUUAUUAGAAAAGGUUCGGGCUGAGCUCCGUGGUCCUGUGUGGAUCAACGCUGACAUCCUGCCAGGCCCUGGAGGCAAGGCCACACCCCUUGACCCCAAAGUCUUCCUGGAGGCAGCUGUAACCCCUGGUUCCCAUGGUGACGUUCUCUCCCUGGGCUGGACAACGGGCUGGACUGCAGAUACACACAACCCAGGGUACAGCUGGGAGAUGGUGAGGGAGAUGGAGGCAGUGUGUCGGACCCUAACACAUCCAGUCACCUUCCCUGUCAGAGCGGCCCUCCUGGCCCAGUCAUUCUCCCAGCUACACUGGCUUCUACAGCAGUCAGAAAGGUACAGCCUGACGGUGUGGACUGGCCACACUGAUGUCUUAGUUGUAAAGGACCUACUGCCUUACAGGAGCGACAUCGACAAGACCAGGAUAUAUUACGACCUGCUGGACUCACAGAGGGCACAGCUCAGAGGACUAACAGGCUACUGAUCUUGUGUUAUUUAAAAAAAAAUAUAUAUAUAUAUAUAUAUAUAUAUCUAUUUGUCUCCCUGCAUUGUUGGGGAAGGGCACGUAAGUAAGCAUUUCACUGUUAGUCUACACCUGUUGUUUUAACGAAGCAUGUGAGGAAUAACAUUUUAUUUGAUCGCCCUGGGCCUUAUGAUCUUAAAGGUCAAAACAGAUCCUAGAUCAGCACUUCUGAAUAUGGGCCCAGUGCUCAGAAGACUAGUCGUGAAAGGACAACAGUUGUACAACCUAUUCCCUUAUGUAACGCACUACUUUUGACCAGAGACAUAGGGACCAGUGCUUUUCAAUCAGAUGUAAGGAAUGGGGGUGCCAGGCCUGUGAAAGGAGUCAGAUGAAACUGAUUCUCAAAGCUAAACUAGUUGAAGAGGACUUUAGCAGACUGGAUUUUACUGGAGUGACACAAGACCAAUGAACUAUUUAAGACCAAUUAACCAUUCAGAAGUCAAAGACAAUAGUUACAAUUUCUGAAGUGAAAUCAGGGCCACAUUCAGGAUCACGAUGUAGCAGAAUGUUUUCAGUUUGAAGAAAACAUUUACCUUGAACAUUUGUCCCAAAAAAAUAUUUUUCAUAUCAAUGAGUUUUUCAAAUAAUACAUGAUAUUAAUACGUUAUAUAUGAAUACAUGAUAUUAAUAGAUUAUAUCAGCGUUUCUUAAAGUAUGGGUCGCGGACCUGAUAAUGGUGGCUGGUGACGUAAAUGUGUAAUUAUUUCAUGAAUUACUGUAAUUGAUUUGGCCAAGUCCAUCUGCUCUCUCGGUUCAGUGCUCUCUCUGCUUAGCAGCGGUCUCUGCUCCGUUCGGUAGCUGCGCUAGUGGUAGAGGGAGAUGCCCGUGUGCUUCGAGGUUUACCGGAUCUUUUAUACUGCAGUUCUCUUGAAGAUCAGUCGGCGACCCCCACGCUGCAGCGCUGUCGUUCAAGCCACUGACUUGUUAUUCCCACUCGCCAUCACUCACCGCCGUCAUUACAUGGACUCAUGCUUGCUACAAAUAAUGACUGAGCUCAAUCUGAAUGAAACGCAAAAUACAGUGACGACUUUCUUUUUUUUUGUCUCUUCCAUACAAACUUUGAGAAAUAACAAGGAGCGCCCACAAUGUGUGGGGAAGUGCUUAGUAAUGAGUCUCUCAAAAGGAACAAAUGAAUAAAACGACACGUCCUGACUAAACAUCCAAGCACAACACGACGGUAAACCCAGGGAGUUAGUUCAGAACAGGGCAGAAUGAUUCAGAAAACUAUGUCAACUAGCAAGGCAUUGUUGUCAUUGUAUAACAGGUGAUGAUAAGUAGAAAUAAGGGAGUAAUAUCUCAUAGUAGUAGAUGUGAGUUUCUCUUUCAAACAAUCCUCCUUGCCUUGUAACGUUACACAGCUAAUAGCUAGCUAGCUACUGACUGCAACCCUAGUAACAGUACAGAUGAUGACAAAUUCAUGCCUACUGUACAUUUUACUGUAGAAAUUAUUGUUGAAAACAAGACUAGGUUGGAACUGUUGUUGUUAAAAUACAAGUAAUUUUAAUUCUGAACUGCAAUUAACUGAUUGAAGCAAAAUGCUUUUUGAGGCAAACACUCAUACAGUUGUGGGUUGUUCAUCUACAGCAGGAAGCGGCCUCCAGCCUGACUGAGAAAGCAGUGUAUGUUCUGAUCCAGUUUGGCACCACAUACCUAUGCAAGUCAGGGUUCUCAAGUACAGAAACAGUGUCAAUGCUGAGCAUGACUUCAGUGUUGCACUGUCUAAAGCAGAGUCCAGAAUAGACCUGCUUGUUGAAUCUUCAACCAGCCACACACCUCUCAUUAGGGUUGUGUGUUUUCUGAUCUGUGCGACGUGAUCAAUCAGUUUAUUCCAGUUCAGAAUAAAAUAUAUGUAUUGUAUUUUAACAGCAACAGUUCAAACCUAGACUUUCAAUCAACAAUAAUGUAUACAGUAAGAUGUACAGUAGACCUGUUUUUUUGUUUUAGUUUUAAUCUGUACUGUUACUUAGGGUUGCACGGUCAAAAAGCCUGUCGGUACUUUGAAUCAGGUAGAAUUUGUGUUUAAAAAAAGGUGACCCAUUUUUCCCGUGUCCAAGGGCAUUGAAAUAUUUGAUAUUGAUUUAUACACUUUGUUCUGUUGGAAUUUAGAAUUCCCAAAUCAAAGCUUUUGAUUAAACGCCACAUGACACGCCACGUGUGUUCUGUUUAUAUAUCUGUGUGAUGUGAUCAAUCAGUUUAUUCCAGUUUAGAAUGAAAAUGAUUUAUAGUGUUUUAACAGCAACAGUUCCAACCUAGACAGAUAUGUAAGAGUGUUUUGAAUGGGGAAAAAUAAACAUGAAAAUAAAUCUA